CUUUUUCGUGUUUACUGUUGUGUUUGGUUCAUUACCCGUUACUGUCACCACAAUUGUUGUUAUUUUUUCAACCAAUGUACAGAAAAUAGAUUUUUAGCACCGUUCAAUAAAAUACAAUUAAAACAAUCACGACAAUGUCCGCUGAACCAUCGGAAGACGAUAUUGCCACCAUAGGCUUUCAAAUAAUCGGCUUAGCAAACGAGAAACCGGCCGGCAUAAACAAUGACGAUUUGCUUGCGGCAUUGCCAGACGUGAAACCGGAAAAGCGUGUUCAAGCGCUAAACAGACUGCUGCAGGAAGGCGUACUGGAGAUACUUAAAAAAGGUCAAUCGUUGAUCUACCGACUGAAGGAUCCAGCUAAAAAAUCUUCCGCCCCAAAGGAUAUCGAUAAUGAGGAAAAAAUUAUCUACAACAUCAUUGAAGAGGGUGGCAACAAAGGAAUUUGGAUCCGAGAUAUUCGUGUCAAGUCCAACCUAAUCAUGACACAGUUGAACAAAGUGCUGAAGCAGCUGGAAAAUAAAAAGUUGAUAAAGGCGGUGAAGUCCGUCAAUGCAAGUAAAAAGAAAGUGUACAUGUUGUACAAUUUAGAACCAGACCGAUCGAUCACCGGAGGAGCUUGGUAUCAGGAUCAAGAUUUCGAAGCCGAAUUUGUGGAUGUACUGAACCAACAAUGCCUGCGAUUUCUUCGGAUGAAGAAAGAAACAGCCAAAGAAUGUCGGGACGGACCACUAGCGGUCCAGAAAUUGUCCUAUUGCUCCGUAGCUGAUGUGCAUAAGUUCAUCUCCGAUUUAGGCAUUAGUAAAAUUAGUUUGGAUGAAGAUGAUCUCGAAACAAUUCUGAAAACAGUAGUUUACGACGGAAAAGCUGAGUCUCUUCUAACUGGUGACGGUAAGUUUCUAUACAAGGCAGUCGAAAGUCCGCUGGCGUCCCCUGGGCUGGUGCAAAUGCCCUGCGGGAUUUGCCCGGUGAUAAAAAAUUGUUCAGAUUGUGGAGAAAUUACCCCUAAACUUUGCUCUUAUAUAAGCGAAUGGUUAGAUUAAAUAAAAUUUCAAUAGGACACGUCACAAAAUAGUUUAUUU